AUGACGAAGGACUGGGAUUCCGUGGAGGCGGAAAUUAGGGAAUUGUACUCCAAAUCUGACGGAAAGAUCACGCUUGGAGAGAUCGAGAAGUUGAUGGCGCGCAAAAAGUUCAGAGCGUCGACCCGCGCGUAUCGGAUGAAGCUCAAAGAAUGGGGUCUUCUUAAACAAAAAGGUCGGAGAGAGACUGUAAAGCGCCUGGAUGAUGGAAACGAUUCUGCGCAACCUGAUGAUGCGGAGCACCGCGAUGACAGGAGUCUAAGUGCGACAGUCGAGCCAAGCGCCAUGCCGGUAACUAUGUCGCUUGACGUUGACACUGACUCAACCCCAGAAGGUGAAGCAACACCAGCGGAUCCUGCUUUGCCCGACCAUUGUACAGACCGCGGCGGUUGGCAGGUUAUCGAAGAUCCUACAAAUGCAGAACCUACGUUGAUGGGCCUUCUCCAUCAGGCGCCAGUUUCAAUGGACGAUGCUUGGUCGGAGACCCAAACAAGACCUGGUGACAUCGUCCUUGAUAUGCUCGGCGCUGUACUAGAGUGUGACCCAGAUAAGCUGCAAGGCCUCGUGGUGCAUCACAACGAGCACAUCAACGACCCCAUCGGUUUACCGUUUGAAGCAGGCGGCCGUUUCGCCAGCCACUCGAUCAUGAACCAAAUGGUCAUUAUGCAACAUCCCAGCCAGACGCUGCUCGAUGUGACGUGCGGUAUGCCAUGUGGCCCGUGUCUUUGGGUCUUGAUAAGCCAUGGCGCAAAGGGUUCUCGCCAUCCAUUGGGAACUGACCUCGCGCUGCACAACGCAAUCAAGAACGGCCGCACUGUGAACGUGAUGGUGAUGGCUCGCCCCGGCCGAUCAGACAUUAACGGGUUACCGGGCACAUCAUGGAAACCUCUGCUGCAAGCCGUAUUUUGGAACCAUCCGGACGUUCCCUGGCAGACACUUGACUACUGGGCAUCGAAGCUCACCGUUAUCGAAUUGGAUUGCCUCCGGAUAUUCGUCGCGGGAGGCGCAAAUUUGCAAUCACGUUUCGCAGGGUGUCCUUGUGGAUCGUCGCGCCAAACGUUCCAGCAUCAGGUUAUCUGGCAUUCGACGCCAAAGGUCGCUCGUCUUGUUAUUGACAGCGCGACAGCAGGCACCGGCGCUAUGAAUAUCUCCGGCCUUCUCCAUGAGAUCCUUGAAUUUUGCCCCGAGUCUAAACGACAUCCAGCAGAUACAUUGCGCGAUCUUCAGGUUCUGCUCCAAAAAGGCGCUGAUCCAAACCACGCGGAUAACAACGGUCUCACACCAUUGCGACGAUGUAUAGAACAAUGUCCUGCUGUUGAUCUAGUCGCGUUAUUACGGAUGCUACUGGACGCGGGAGCUGACCCCGAACACGAAGAUCGCGAAGGCAUCCAACCUUUUGUGCUUGCGGCCCGUACAAUUGAGGAACCACUCCUCUCGGACGUUAUGCAGGCAAUGACUUACGAGCAGGUCAUGUCAUCCACUCGCAACACCGGCGACUUCAGGCUUAAGCUAUUGGACAUGGUACCGGAAGACAUCCGAGCCACAUUCCAGCGGGCAUACUUCACUGUUGUUAGCAAGAACUUCCUCGACACGAUGACGCGAACAGCAAAGGCGAGGCUGUUGACCGCAAAGGAUAAGGAUGAGAUCGUCUGGAUUGUCGGCAUGCGGCGUGGUAUCGAUCUGCCAGAAUACCGAUUUGACCAAGAGCUUGUCAUCGCAUUGCUCGACCCACAACCAAUAUCGGGCAUGCUGCUUCGUACCACAGAAAUAGGACAUCCUGGUGAGGUGAUCGAAGAAGCAAGAUACCACUACUACAUCACCUUCCCGGCCGGCAUGGAAGUUCAACCCAGAUAG